UUUCGUUGAAGGUGGAGAAGUGCGCGCCCGCCCGGGAGCCGGGGCUGCGCCUCCAGGGCGAGGCUGCACGGCGGCGGCGGUGGCGGCGGCGGGCGGGGGGCGCGCUGGCAUCCGGAGAGCGUUUGGUUUUCAUUUUAUUUUUUUUUAAAUUGAGGCCGUGGAGGAGGGAAUUGGAGUCGGCUCCACUGGCUGUGUGCUUUCGUCUCGAUUUCUGCCCACGCUCGCACCAUUCCUCCUGGUGAGGGAGGGACUCGCACCGCCACCCCGCGGACCGAUAACUCGAGCCCCGUGCAGGCGGGGAUGGUUGUGCGCUCCUGGCCGCUCCCUCCCGGGUCUCUUCGGCCCGAAGCUGGGGGACGCAGAGGCUGAGCCGCGUCGCCAUUCGGGGAUCCGCCGCCAGACGGUUCGGGACCGCCGGCAGUUACGAGAGCCCGGGCCAAAGGUCGCGGCGUGCGCAGGCGGCGGGGCCCCGGCAGCCGACGCACGUUGGCUUCAGAGGGGAUUCCGCAAAGAAAGCUUCCCUUCGCCCCUGAGCGACGCCCCAGGAGCCAGACGGAACGACAGCCCCUUCUAGUCCCCUUUCCUCGCCGUGCCGCCCCCCGGGACCCUCCCGAAGUGCCCCCGUCCAGGGCUCUGGCCCCGGCCACCCGCUGAAGAAGCCGCAGCCACCGGAUUGGGGGAUUUCACACUUCAUGGGCCGGCCGAGGGGGCGCCGGGCGCCGGGCGAGGGGGCUACCUAGAGCUUGGUUAGGGGCGGCCGAGCGCCAGGCGAGGCACUGCGGAGGGACCAGCGAAGGGUGGCGGAGAGACCUGAUAGGGGCGACCGAGAGCCCGGCGAGGAGCGGUCAACAGCCCGGGGAACGCACCCUCGGGGCGGACAGCGCGGCGGUCCUCUCCGAGGCGAUGCCCGGGCGGCUGCGGGCAGCCGGCCGCCCGAGGUCCUAGGUGGGCAUGGACCUGGCGCCCCAGUCCUAGGGACCCUCGAACUUCGCCGCUCUGCUUGGACUCGCCGGAGCAACGCAAUGGCCUCGGAAGUAGUGUGCGGGCUCAUCUUCAGGCUGCUGCUCCCCAUCUGCCUGGCAGUAGCGUGUGCGUUCCGGUACAAUGGGCUCUCCUUUGUCUACCUCAUCUACCUCUUGCUCAUCCCCCUGUUCUCGGAACCAACAAAAGCAACGAUGCAAGGACAUACGGGCCGGUUAUUAAAGUCUCUGUGCUUCACCAGUCUUUCCUUCCUGUUGCUUCACAUCAUUUUCCACAUCACGUUGGCCAGCCUGGAAGCUCAACAUCGUAUCGGACCUGGUUACAACUGCUCAACAUGGGAAAAGACAUUUCGGCAGAUUGGCUUUGAAAGCUUAAAGGGAGCUGAUGCCGGCAAUGGGAUCAGAGUGUUUGUGCCUGAUAUCGGGAUGUUCAUUGCUAGUCUGACCAUCUGGCUCGUCUGCAGGAACAUCGUUCAGAAACCCGUGACCGAAGAAGGAGCACAGUAUAACUCGGAGUUUGAAAAUGAAGAAUUGGCCGGAGGAGAAAAAAUAGAUCCAGAAGAGGCACUGAUCUACGAAGAGGAUUUAGAUGAAGGGGACGGUGUGGAAGGCGAGGUGGAAGAGAGCACAAAGUUAAAAAUGUUCCGCAGACUCGCCUCGGUGGCCUCCAAGCUUAAGGAGUUUAUCGGCAACAUGAUAACCACUGCUGGAAAAGUUGUGGUGACCAUUUUACUCGGUUCAUCAGGUAUGAUGUUGCCAUCUUUGACCUCAUCUGUGUACUUCUUUGUAUUUUUGGGUCUGUGCACCUGGUGGUCCUGGUGCCGGACAUUUGAUCCAUUGCUGUUCAGCUGUCUCUGUGUGCUGCUGGCUAUUUUCACUGCGGGGCACUUGAUUGGACUUUAUUUAUACCAGUUCCAAUUCUUUCAAGAAGCAGUUCCACCCAAUGACUACUAUGCAAGGUUGUUUGGUAUCAAAUCAGUCAUUCAAACGGACUGUUCUAGCACGUGGAAGAUCGUAGCAAACCCAGACCUGUCAUGGUAUCACCAUGCCAACCCCAUAGUCCUGCUGGUGAUGUACUAUACGCUGGCAACUCUGAUCCGCAUCUGGCUACAGGAACCCCUUGUGCAGGAUGACAGGACCAAAGAAGAGGACAGAGCCCUGGCUUGUAGCCCCAUCCAAAUAACAGCUGAGAGGAGGCGAAGCCUGUGGUAUGCCACACAGUACCCAACGGAUGAGAGAAAACUUUUAUCCAUGACCCAAGAUGACUACAAACCAUCUGAUGGCCUGCUGGUGACCGUGAAUGGCAAUCCCGUAGACUACCACACCAUCCACCCCAGUCUCCCCGUAGAGAACGGCCCCGCCAAAGCCGACCUGUACUCCACCCCGCAGUACCGGUGGGAGCCCUCUGAAGACUCCUCAGAAAAGAAAGAGGAAGAAGGGGAGGAGAAGGAAGACUUUGAGGAGGAAAGGAGCCAUGAGGAGAAACGAAGUGUUAAAGUUCAUGCCAUGGUCUCUGUGUUCCAGUUUAUUAUGAAACAAAGUUACAUCUGUGCCCUUAUUGCCAUGAUGGCUUGGAGCAUCACCUAUCACAGCUGGUUGACUUUUGUGUUGUUGAUUUGGUCAUGCACCCUUUGGAUGAUUCGCAACAGAAGAAAAUAUGCCAUGAUCAGCUCUCCUUUCAUGGUCAUCUAUGGAAAUCUGUUGCUGAUAUUACAGUAUAUAUGGAGUUUUGAACUUCCUGAAAUUAAAAAGGUCCCAGGAUUUUUAGAAAAGAAAGAGCCAGGAGAACUUGCCUCCAAGAUACUUUUCACCAUUACUUUUUGGCUACUGCUGAGGCAGCACCUCACGGAGCAAAAAGCUCUUCAAGAAAAGGAAGCUCUUUUAUCUGAGGUCAAAAUCAGAAGUCAGGAAAAUGAAGGAAAAGAUGAUGAGCAAGAUCUACAAAUGGAAGGAGAGGCUGAGGAGAAAGAGGGAGAGGAAGCAAAGGAAGAAAAGCAAGAGAGAAGGAAGGAAGAAGAAGAAGAAAUGGAAGAAGAUGACAACCAGGACAUCAUGAAAGUGCUGGGCAAUUUGGUGGUGGCCAUGUUCAUCAAGUAUUGGAUCUACGUGUGUGGAGGAAUGUUCUUCUUCGUCAGCUUCGAGGGUAAAAUUGUGAUGUACAAAAUCAUCUACAUGGUGCUGUUUCUGUUCUGUGUGGCCUUGUAUCAGGUGCACUACGAAUGGUGGAGGCGAAUCCUAAAAUAUUUUUGGAUGUCUGUGGUUAUUUACACUAUGCUGGUGCUUAUCUUUAUAUACACAUAUCAGUUUGAAAACUUCCCAGGCCUGUGGCAAAAUAUGACAGGAUUGAAAAAAGAAAAGCUCGAGGAUCUCGGCUUAAAACAGUUCACCGUAGCAGAACUAUUCACUCGCAUCUUCAUCCCAACCUCCUUUCUGUUGGUGUGCAUUUUACACCUCCACUAUUUCCAUGAUCGGUUCCUGGAGCUCACGGACCUAAAGUCCAUUCCCAGCAAGGAAGACAGCGCCAUCUACAGACUGGCCCACCCUGAAGGAAGCCUUCCAGACCUUGCCAUGAUGAAUCUGACCGCCAGCCUGGAGAAGCCGGACUUGAAGAAGCUGGCUGAGUCCAGGGAGGACAAACCAGAGGGAUGCCCUGAAAAGGCUGAGCUUGGGAAAGACAGCGAAGAAGAGGAGGAAGGGGAGGACGAGGAGGAGGAAGAGACAUCAGAUUUAAGAAACAAAUGGCAUCUGGUGAUUGACCGCCUCACUGUGCUCUUCUUAAAAUUCCUGGAGUAUUUUCACAAACUGCAGGUGUUCAUGUGGUGGAUUUUGGAGUUGCACAUCAUCAAAAUUGUUUCAUCGUACAUCAUCUGGGUCUCUGUGAAAGAGGUGUCACUGUUCAACUCUGUAUUUUUGAUUUCUUGGGCUUUUGCUCUGCCAUACGCCAAGCUACGCCGUCUGGCUUCAAGUGUCUGCACCGUCUGGACGUGUGUGAUCAUCGUCUGCAAAAUGUUGUACCAGCUGCAAACCAUUAAGCCUGAGAACUUUUCUGUUAACUGUUCCUUGCCAAAUGAAAACCAAACGAAUAUACCCAUCCACCAGUUGAACAAGUCUCAACUCUACAGCACUCCUAUUGACCCAACAGAAUGGGUCGGCCUGAGGAAAUCUUCCCCUCUGCUCGUCUACCUGAGGAAUAAUCUGCUGAUGCUGGCCAUUCUGGCCUUUGAGGUUACAAUUUACCGCCAUCAGGAAUACUAUCGAGGUCGAAACAACCUCAUGGCCCCUGUGUCUAAAACCAUCUUUCAUGACAUUACAAGACUCCAUCUAGAUGAUGGACUUAUUAAUUGUGCCAAAUAUUUCAUAAAUUACUUCUUCUACAAGUUUGGUCUGGAGACCUGUUUCCUAAUGUCAGUUAAUGUAAUCGGUCAGCGAAUGGAUUUCUAUGCCAUGAUUCACGCCUGCUGGCUAAUCGCUGUCUUGUAUCGGCGCAGAAGAAAGGCCAUUGCUGAGAUCUGGCCCAAGUACUGCUGCUUCCUGGCAUGCAUCAUCACCUUCCAGUAUUUCAUCUGCAUUGGCGUCCCUCCGGCUCCUUGCAGGGAUUACCCGUGGAGAUUCAAGGGUGCUAGCUUCAACGACAACAUUAUAAAGUGGCUGUACUUCCCAGACUUCAUCGUGCGGCCCAACCCCGUGUUUCUUGUCUAUGACUUCAUGCUGCUCCUGUGCGCCUCCUUGCAAAGGCAGAUCUUUGAGGAUGAAAACAAGGCUGCAGUGCGGAUCAUGGCAGGGGACAACGUGGAGAUCUGCAUGAACCUCGACGCGGCCUCCUUCAGCCAGCACAACCCCGUGCCAGAUUUCAUUCACUGCAGAUCGUACUUAGACAUGUCCAAAGUGAUCAUCUUCAGCUACCUCUUCUGGUUUGUCCUCACAAUCAUCUUCAUCACGGGGACAACCAGGAUCAGCAUCUUUUGCAUGGGUUACUUGGUGGCCUGCUUCUAUUUCCUGCUCUUUGGGGGUGAUUUGCUGCUGAAACCCAUCAGGAGCAUCCUGCGCUAUUGGGACUGGCUGAUUGCAUACAACGUUUUUGUGAUUACGAUGAAAAACAUAUUAUCAAUAGGAGCGUGUGGAUACAUUGAAAAAUUGGUUCAAAAUAGUUGCUGGUUGAUCCAAGCGUUCAGCCUGGCCUGUACAGUCAAAGGCUAUAAAAUGCCUGAUGAUGAUUCCUCAUGUAAACUCCCCAGUGGUGAAGCAGGAAUUAUUUGGGACAGUAUAUGUUUUGCCUUCCUCUUACUGCAGAGAAGAGUUUUCAUGAGUUACUAUUUCCUACAUGUUGUGGCUGAUAUAAAAGCUUCACAGAUCCUGGCAUCAAGAGGGGCUGAACUUUUCCAGGCCACAAUUGUAAAGGCCGUAAAGGCAAGAAUUGAGGAAGAGAAAAAAUCAAUGGAUCAACUGAAGAGGCAGAUGGAUCGCAUCAAAGCCAGGCAACAGAAGUACAAAAAGGGUAAGGAGAGGAUGCUGAGCUUGACCCAGGAAUCAGGGGAAGGCCAAGACAUCCAAAAACUCUCUGAAGAGGAUGACGAAAGAGAAGCAGACAAACAGAAAGCCAAGGGCAAAAAAAAGCAGUGGUGGCGGCCUUGGGUUGAUCAUGCUUCCAUGGUCAGGAGUGGAGAUUAUUAUUUGUUUGAAACGGAUAGUGAAGAGGAGGAAGAGGAAGAACUGAAAAAGGAAGAUGAAGAACCUCCGAGAAGGUCUGCUUUCCAGAGAGCUAUUGGGAAGUUUGCGUCGGCCAUUUUAGCCUUGCCAAAGUCUGUCAUUAAACUUCCCAAAACUAUUCUUCAGUAUUUAAUCAGAGCUGCAAAGUUUGUUUAUCAAGCCUGGAUCACGGACCCUAAAACAGCACUCCGACAGAGGCGCAAAGAGAAAAAAAGGUCUGCAAGAGAAGAACAGAAAAGAAGGAGAAAAGGAUCUGGGGAUGGUCCUGUGGAGUGGGAAACCCGAGAGGAUGAACCAAUCAAAAAGAAAUCUGAGGGACCAGACAACAUCAUCAAGAGGAUAUUUAAUAUUUUGAAAUUCACCUGGGUCCUGUUUCUGGCAACAGUGGAUAGUUUCACAACUUGGCUUAACUCCAUCUCAAGGGAGCAUAUUGACAUAUCUACGGUUCUGAGGAUUGAACGAUGCAUGCUGACCAGAGAAAUUAAAAAGGGCAACGUUCCCACCCGGGAGAGCAUCCACAUGUACUACCAGAACCACAUCAUGAACCUUUCCAGAGAGUCGGGACUGGACACCAUUGAUGACCGUCCCGGCACGGCUUCAGGUGCACAGACAGCCCACAGGAUGGAUAGCUUAGAUUCACAUGACAGUAUCUCCAGCUGCUACACUGAAGCAACCGUGCUGUUCUCAAGGCAGUCUACCCUUGACGAUUUAGAUGGACCAGAAACUGUUCCUAAAACAAGUGAGCGUGCUCGACCUAGGCUUCGUAAAAUGUUCAGCAUGGAUAUGUCCUCCUCAUCAGCUGACAGUGGCAGUUUAGCAUCAAGCGAGCCCACGCAGUGCACCAUGCUGUACUCGCGCCAGGGGACCACGGAAACCAUAGCGGAGGUGGAGGCCGAGCAGGAUGACGAGGCGGUGGCCAAAGACGCCGACCAGGGAGGGGAGGAGGCCGCGGACUUGGGGCCGGAGGAGGCCUCGGAGGCCUCGGAGGCCGGCCUCACCCCGGAUGCCGAGCUGCCGCACUACUCCACCGAGGAUGGGGACGUGGAGGCGCCUCCCUCCUACAGCAAGGCGGUCAGCUUCGAGCGCCUGUCCUUCGGCUCGCGGGACGACUCUGCAGGCCAGAGCCACAUGGCCGUGAGCCCUGACGAGAGCCGCUCAGACAGGCUCGAGUCCAGCAUCUUACCGCCCCUGACUCACGAGCUGACGGCCAGUGAGCUGCUGCUGAACAAGAUGUUCCAUGAUGACGAGCUGGAAGAGUCCGAAAAAUUCUACGUUGGCCAACCCCGGUUCUUGCUGUUGUUCUAUGCCAUGUACAACACUCUGGUGGCCCGCUCAGAAAUGGUGUGUUAUUUUGUGAUCAUCCUCAACCACAUGGUCUCUGCCUCCAUGAUCACCCUUGUGCUUCCCAUUCUGAUCUUCCUCUGGGCCAUGCUGUCUGUGCCCAGGCCCAGUAGACGAUUCUGGAUGAUGGCCAUUGUCUACACAGAGGUGGCAAUUGUGGUCAAGUAUUUCUUCCAAUUUGGCUUCUUUCCCUGGAACAAGAACGUGGAAUUGAACAAAGAUAAACCUUUCCACCCACCGAAUAUCAUAGGAGUGGAGAAGAAAGAAGGCUAUGUCCUUUAUGAUCUCAUUCAGCUCUUGGCUCUUUUCUUCCAUCGGUCCAUUUUGAAGUGCCACGGCUUAUGGGAUGAAGAUGACAUCACCGACAGUGGCACAGACAAGGAAGAGUCGGAUGACGAGCUGUCCCUCAGUCAUGGCAGGAGAGCCUCCUCUGAUUCUCUGAAAUCCAUCAACCUGGCCGCGUCAGCGGAGUCGGUGCACGUGUCCUUCCCGGAGCAGCCCACGGCCAUCCGGAGGAAGCGAUCGGGCAGUAGCUCCCAGAUAUCCCCCAGAUCCAGCUUUUCUUCCAAUAGGUCCAAAAGAGGCAGCACAAGCACCCGAAACAGCAGUCAAAAAGGAAGCAGUGUUUUGAGCAUCAAGCAGAAAAGUAAAAGGGAACUUUAUAUGGAAAAGCUUCAAGAACAUUUAAUCAAAGCAAAAGCAUUUACCAUAAAGAAGACUUUGCAAAUAUAUGUGCCCAUCAGACAGUUCUUCUACAACCUCAUCCAUCCAGACUACAGUGCUGUGACCGAUGUGUAUGUGCUCAUGUUCCUGGCUGACACUGUUGACUUUGUCAUCAUCGUCUUUGGCUUCUGGGCCUUUGGGAAACACUCAGCAGCAGCAGACAUCACCUCUUCGCUGUCAGAGGACCAGGUCCCUGGGCCUUUUUUGGUGAUGGUCCUAAUUCAGUUUGGAACCAUGGUCGUGGACCGAGCACUAUACCUCAGGAAGACCGUCCUGGGAAAGGUCAUUUUCCAGGUCAUUCUUGUGUUUGGAAUUCACUUCUGGAUGUUCUUCAUCUUGCCGGGUGUGACUGAGAGGAAAUUCAGCCAGAACCUGGUCGCUCAGCUUUGGUACUUUGUGAAAUGUGUUUACUUUGGGUUGUCUGCCUACCAAAUCCGUUGCGGCUACCCAACGCGAGUCCUUGGAAACUUCCUCACCAAGAGCUACAAUUAUGUCAACCUCUUCUUGUUUCAAGGGUUCCGCCUCGUUCCCUUUCUGACUGAGCUGAGGGCUGUGAUGGACUGGGUGUGGACAGACACGACCUUGAGCCUCUCCAGCUGGAUCUGUGUGGAGGACAUCUACGCUCACAUAUUCAUCCUGAAGUGUUGGCGGGAGUCUGAAAAAAGAUACCCGCAGCCCCGGGGGCAGAAGAAGAAGAAAGUGGUGAAGUAUGGCAUGGGAGGCAUGAUCAUCGUUCUGCUCAUCUGCAUUGUCUGGUUUCCCCUUCUCUUCAUGUCCUUGAUCAAAUCUGUGGCGGGGGUCAUCAACCAGCCCCUGGACGUCUCGGUCACAAUCACCCUGGGAGGGUACCAGCCUAUUUUCACAAUGAGUGCACAGCAAAGCCAGUUGAAAGUUAUGGAUCAGCCCAAGUUUAAUAAAUUUAUGAAAGCUUUUUCUAGGGACACUGGUGCUAUGCAAUUUCUGGAAAAUUAUGAAAAAGAAGACAUAACUGUAGCAGAACUGGAAGGAAACUCAAAUUCUUUGUGGACCAUCAGCCCUCCCAGUAAGCAGAAAAUGAUAAGCGAACUCAUGGACCCCAAUAGUAGCUUCUCUGUUGUUUUUUCAUGGAGUAUUCAGAGAAACAUGAGUUUGGGUGCAAAGGCAGAAAUUGCAACCGAUAAGCUUUCUUUUCCUCUUAAAAAUACCACACGAGAGCAUAUAGCUAAAAUGAUAGCCGGCAACAACACGGAAAGUUCAAGAACACCGGUGACUAUAGAAAAGAUCUACCCAUAUUACGUGAAAGCACCUAGUGAUUCGAAUUCAAAACCUAUAAAGCAACUUUUGUCUGAAAAUAACUUCAUGAAUGUCACCAUCAUUUUGUCCAGAGACAAUACAACUAAAUCUAACAGUGAGUGGUGGGUUCUCAACCUGACUGGAAACAGAAUAUACAAUCAGCACGCUCAGGCCUUGGAACUGGUGGUCUUCAAUGACAAAGUCAGCCCGCCCAGUCUGGGGUUCCUGGCUGGCUAUGGUAUCAUGGGAUUGUAUGCUUCGGUUGUCCUUGUGAUUGGGAAGUUUGUCCGUGAAUUCUUCAGUGGGAUUUCUCACUCCAUCAUGUUUGAAGAGCUUCCAAAUGUGGCAAUUCUGAAGUUGUGCACAGAUAUUUUUUUAGUUCGAGAGACAGGGGAACUGGAACUCGAGGAAGAUCUCUAUGCCAAAUUAAUAUUCCUGUACCGCUCACCAGAAACCAUGAUCAAAUGGACUAGAGAAAAAACAAAUUGAUGCUUUAAGACACAGACUGCAGAUCAAAUUAACAUUUGAAUUUAAAAAAAAGCAUAAUAUCCUCAUAAGAGCUAAGCAUUUCUAGUUGGAUGGAAAUGGCUUCUUUUCUGACAGGUGGUAAAAAGGAGCUGACUUCCUUCUGCAGUCUAAGCUACCUUGUAAAUGAAGGUGCUGUUGAAAACGUUAUUUGUGGGGCGCCUGGGUGGCUCAGUCGGUUAAGCGUCCAACUUCGGCUCAGGUCACGAUCUCGCGGUCCGUGAGUUCGAGCCCCGCAUCGGGCUCUGUGCUGACAGCUCAGAGCCUGGAGCCUGUUUCAGAUUCUGUGUCUCCCUCUCUCUCUGCCCCUCCCCCGUUCAUGCUCUGUCUCUCUCUGUCUCAAAAAUAAAAACGUU